AUGGAGCCCCCCUCAGCCCUUCUCCCAACAUGUGUCCCCUGGCAGGGGCUCCUGCUUACAGCCUCACUGCUAACCAUCUGGAACAUCCCCGCUGCUGCGGAGCCCACUAUUGAGUUGGUGCCACCUGCUGUUCUUGAAGGGAAGACCCUCCUUCUACUUGCUCACAAUCUGCCAGACGACCUAUUAGCCUAUCACUGGUUCAAAGGAAAGCGGUCGAUAGACAAAGAUCUAAUUAUAAUGUAUCAAAUAAAAUCUCAAGAAACUAAACAAGGAAAGCUAUACAGCGGGAGAGAGACCCUAUACCCUAACGGAUCCUUGAUGUUACAGAAUGUCACCUUGAAGCAAUCCGGAAUCUACCACCUAAAUAUCCAUUCUGCAGAUGGCCAAAAAUCAGUGUUUGCCGAAGUCUUUGUGUACCCUCUGUUAAGCAAACCCUCCAUAAGAAGCAACAGGACCACUGCUGUGGAGGGUCAAGACACUGUUGAGUUGAUUUGUGAACCUCCCUUCCGGAAAACCACCUACCUUUGGCAUCUAAAUGGUAAGAAGCUUCACGUUGAUGACCAUGUCAUCCUGUCUCGGGGUAACGCAACUCUCACUCUGCUCAAGGUCUCUAGGCAUUUCAGAGGACGCUAUGAGUGUGAAGCUAAGAACCCACUGAGCGCCUUCCACAGUGAGCCGUUCACUCUGGAUGUUUUCUAUGGUCCAGAUACCCCCAAAAUAUUUCCCCCAUACAAAUACUUUGAGGAAGGCAGGAGUAUGUGGCUCUCCUGCCAAACAGUGUCUCACCCCAAAGCACACUAUUCCUGGAAUGUCAAUGGGGAACCCUGGAACUCUAGACAAGAGUUAUCUAUCCACCAGGUCGGCAUAAGUAAUAACGGACUGUACACCUGCCUCGUCACUAACCCAGCAACUGGUCGCAAUAAUUCCAAAGUCAAAGAAGUUAUAAUAGUUGAGAAAUUGCCAAAGCCCCAUAUCCAAGUCAAAAAUGAAACAGUCUUAGAACAUCAUUCUGUGGACCUGACCUGCGUGUCAGAAAAUAUCGGAGUUUCCAUCUGGUGGACCUUCAACAAUCAGAAGCUGAAGGCCACAGACAGGGUGACAUUCUCCUGGAACAACAGAAGGCUCACCAUAGACCCAAUCACAAAGAAGGACGCUGGGGCAUACCAGUGUGAGGUCUCCAACCCCCUCAACACCAGGCUGAGUGAUCCAGUCAAGCUGGCUGUGCUCUAUCAACCGUCAAGAAGUUUCCUGUUGUCACCCCCACUUGUGGCUUGCGUGGUUGCUGAAAUUCUGGCUGGGCUGGCUAUCCUAGGAGGCCUGGCAUAUUUCGCAUUUUUCAAGAAACUUGACAAGUAUGGUCACAAGCUCCACGGCAACUCUCCUCAUGAGGCGAGUAUUGCCCUCACUCUGUCUGUUUCCCCUCAGAGGGCUCUGCAGGAACUGGGGACCCAGAGCCACAACUGUGUGGUCAAGCGUGUGUCCUUAGUUCUUCAUGAAACACAGAAGAAGCUUCACCUUCUCUGUCCUUAG